UUAAGCCGGGGACACAGUGGCCUCCGCAACCCGGGAGGCCGGGCUCUCUCCCAGCUCGGUGGCGUCUGAUCUAGUCGUCUCCGGCCGGGCCUCCAACUUUCAGAGCGGACUUGGGCUGGUGGAGAGCGCAGCGCGGAGAGGGCCGGGACACCGGUGGAUGCCAGCCAGGCGCGGCGGCCAGGUGCGCGGGAGUCCCCCCAGACUUUCACCAAGCCAUUGACUUUCACCCGUCAACGAGAUUCUUCUAGAAGAAAUAAGAAGACUGGAAGAAUUUGGGGGGACGGAGGUUCACUUGAGAGGUCACCUAUGCACACCAUGGUUAUGAGGUUCCUCCUCAGAUGGAACAAACUCCUGACCACAAUCCCCUGGUCACUCGUACUUAUUCUCUUUUCUAUACAACACGUAUAUGGGAGUGGCAAGAAAUACAGCAGCGCCUGUGGAGGAAGAAACUGCUCUGUCUGUCACUGCUUUCCUGAAAAGGGAUCUCGGGGUCAACCAGGACCGCUGGGGCCACAGGGACCAAUAGGGCCCUUGGGAUCCCCUGGGCCCACUGGGAUUCCAGGGGAGAAAGGACUGAGAGGGGACAGCGGGCCUCCCGGAGCAGCGGGGGAGAAAGGAGACAAGGGUCCAACAGGUGUUCCUGGAUUCCCAGGUUUGGAUGGCAUACCUGGUCACCCAGGGCCUCCGGGGCCCAGAGGUAAACCUGGCAUAAAUGGCCAUAAUGGCUCAAGAGGAGAUCCUGGAUUUCCAGGGGAAAGAGGAGCUCCUGGACCAAGAGGCCCCUCAGGUUUUCCUGGGGAGAAAGGAGAAAAAGGAAAUUCAGUCUACAUUUUGGGUGGCAUUAAAGGUAUUCAGGGUGACCGUGGGGACCCAGGACCACCAGGCGUACCUGGAUCUAGAGGGCCACCAGGACCAGCUGGCCCCAUGGGCAAACCCGGGGCACCUGGGUUCACAGGUCCUAUGGGCCAUCCUGGCAGUCCUGGGCCAAAGGGUGAUCCUGGUGUGGGAGUAAAAGGUCAAAUGGGAGACCUGGGUGAGGUCGGCCCGCAAGGUCCUCCUGGACCCACACUGUUGAUAGAGCCCCCUGACUCUUGUCUCUAUAAAGGAGAAAAGGGUAUAAAAGGAAUUCCUGGGAUGAUUGGACCACCAGGACCACCAGGAAUCAAGGGAGAGCCUGGGAUUGGAGAAAAAGGAGAGAAAGGCAUCCCUGGAUUCCCAGGCCCUCGGGGCGAGCCUGGUUCCUACGGACCCCCAGGUUUCCCCGGAUUAAAGGGAGAGCAAGGACUGGCUGGAGAACCUGGGCCCUUUGGAUUUAUUGGACCAAAGGGGGAUCCUGGAGACCGUGGGCAUCCAGGACCACCAGGCAUUUUAGUGACUCCAUCUCCUCUGCUCAAAGGUCCCUCAGGGGACCCCGGUACCCCUGGCCGCUAUGGAGAAAUGGGAGAUGUCGGACCACCAGGUCCCCCGGGGCCCUCAGGCAGACCAGGGGAAGCUUGUCCAGGCAUAAUGGGACCCCCUGGGCCACCAGGAUUUCCUGGUCUUCCAGGGCUUCCAGGGGAAGCAGGCGUUCCUGGGGUACACAGCUGUGCCCCAGGAAUACCAGGAAAGCCAGGGCCACCUGGCCUGCCUGGAGCACCAGGACUACUGGGGCCUCGGGGAUCAGAUGUGAUACAUUGUAGAGUUGGAUGCCCUGGACCCCAAGGAGAAAAGGGCAAAAUGGGUCCCCCAGGAGAAAGAGGCCCCAAAGGAGUAAAAGGAGAUGGGGGAAUCUGUGCCUGUGAACCUGGCCCCAUGGGACCCCCUGGCCCUCCAGGACUUCCUGGAAGACAGGGGAGUAAAGGGGACUUAGGGCACCCUGGCCAGCAGGGAGAAAAAGGUGACCCAGGCCCUCUUGGUGCUGAAGGACCUCCAGGAACACCUGGAAAACCUGGCGCCUCAGGACCCCCAGGCGACAAAGGAGCAAAGGGCGACAUGGUUGUAUCCAGAGUCAAAGGGUACAAAGGAGAAAGAGGAGCUGAUGGGCCUCCAGGAUUUCCAGGACAGCCUGGACAACAUGGGCAGGAUGGACGUGCUGGAGAUCAAGGGGAUCCAGGACCCCCAGGAGGCCAUGAGGAUGCGGUCCCAGGCAGGAAAGGGGUUCCUGGACCACCAGGCCCUCCAGGGAAACCUGGACCUAUGGGACCUCCAGGACUGGGAUUUCCAGGUCUACCAGGAGACAGGGGUCAACCAGGAGUGCCAGGUCACCCAGGCAUGAGGGGCCCUGAUGGCGCAAAAGGGCAGAAAGGUGACACCAUUCCUUAUAAUGUAACCUACCCUGGGAGGCCAGGACCUCCAGGUUUCAGUGGACCUCCAGGUCUGAAGGGCUUUCCGGGUCCGCAGGGAGCUCCUGGGCCGAGGUGUUUAGAUGGACAGAAGGGCCGACAAGGCAAACCAGGAUCGUCUGAAAUGCCAGGUCCACCUGGAUUUCGUGGCAACAUGGGAGAUCCAGGUUUUGAAGGUGAAAGGGGGUCUUCCCCUAUUGGACCCCCAGGCCCUCCUGGGCCACCUGGAGUGGAUGGUCAGAAAGGACUCCCAGGGGACCCUGCAUUUGGUCACCCAGGACCUCCUGGAAAUAGGGGACUUCCAGGAGUGCCAGGGAUGAAAGGACGCAAAGGUGACCCAGGGUAUCCAGGUGCUGAAGGGUCUGCUGGCAUUCCUGGAACCCCAGGUCUUAAAGGUCCCAAGGGCAGAGAAGGAAGUGCUGGGUUCCCAGGUAUCCCAGGCCCACCUGCCUAUUCCUGUGGAAGAGGUGCUCCAGGGCUCCCAGGCCAACCAGGACAUCCAGGUCCUCCUGGUGGCUUAGGGGCCCCAGGUUGGAAAGGACUGCCAGGAGACAUGGGGCCUUCUGGACCAGCUGGAAUGAAGGGUCUCCCUGGAUUCCCAGGACUGCCAGGGGCAGAUGGACCCCAAGGACCUCCAGGAAUUCCAGGCCCCAUUGGAGAAGAUGGGCUACCUGGUCUUCCAGGACCAAAGGGACCCCGGGGGUUGCCUGGUUUCCCUGGAUUUCCAGGAGAGAGAGGAAAGCCAGGCCCAGAUGGACAACCUGGCCCAAAGGGACAACGUGGAGAGAAAGGCUGGCCUGGCUUUCAGGGAGACUUGGGAACAAAAGGUGCCAAAGGAGCCAGAGGACCACCUGGAGAUGCAGGAGAAAUGGUCACCAUUUCCAAAAAGGGGAACAUGGGGGAUCCUGGGCCUCCUGGAGAUGACGGGUUCCCAGGAGAAAGAGGUGAUAAAGGCAGCCCUGGGAGGCCAGGGGAAAGAGGCGAUCUGGGAAGAUAUGGACCACCAGGACUUCACAAAGGGCCGCCUGGGAGAAAGGGGCAGCGUGGACAUCCCGGUCCUCCUGGCCCUCCAGGUUCACCUGGGCUGAGAGGAAUCAUUGGUUUUCCGGGCUUUCCAGGUGACCAGGGUGAGUCGGGUUUUCCAGGCCCUCCUGGAUUCCCAGGAACUGAUGGACCAAGAGGACCUAAAGGAAACAAAGGUGACCCUGGCAGUCAGUGUGGUCCACCUGGUCCCCAGGGUGAGCCCGGUAGCCCCGGAUGUCAAGGACACUUUGGGGCCCCUGGAGAGCGAGGCCUGCCUGGAGCUCUGGGACUGAAGGGACCCUCAGGAAGGCCAGGACUGCCUGGCUUCCCAGGCCCCCCGGGAUAUCCAGGUGUUCCGGGGAUGCCUGGGCUGAAGGGCCAUCCAGGAGAAAUGGGGGACCUUGGACCAAGAGGAUUCCCAGGGGACCCAGGGAUGCCAGGUCCUCCCGGAGUGAAAGGUCCCUCUGGGUCUCCGGGUCUGAGCGGAUUGCAUGGUUUGAAGGGUGAGAAAGGAGCCAAAGGUGCCUCAGGUUUGCAUGAAAUGGGUCCACCUGGGCCAACAGGACUACCUGGCCUGAAAGGGGAGAGAGGAGACCCUGGGAGUCCAGGAAUUUCACCCCCAGGCCUUUCUGGAGAAAAAGGGCCCCCAGGACCCCCAGGGAGACCAGGACCACCUGGUCCUGCUGGUGCCCCGGGAAGAGCUGCUAAGGGUGAUGUUCCUGUUGCGGGUCCACCUGGAGAUCGGGGUCCCCCUGGCCCUGAUGGCCCAAGGGGAGCACCUGGGCCUCCAGGUCCCCCAGUGAGUGUCAACCUUCUGAAAGGGGAACCAGGUGACUUUGGCCUGCCAGGGCCACCAGGUCCUCCAGGUCCAAGAGGCCCUCCAGGGUGCCAGGGUGCUCCAGGAUGUGACGGAAAAGAUGGCCAGAAAGGGCCAAUGGGAUUUCCAGGGCCUCCAGGGCCACCUGGUUUUCCUGGGCCACCUGGAGAAGAAGGGUUACCUGGGCCUCCAGGUAUGAAAGGACCCACAGGUCCCCCAGGGGAGCCUGGGCCAUCUGCAGACGUGGAUGCUUGUCCUCGAAUUCCAGGACUUCCUGGCGUGCCAGGCCCGAGAGGAACAGAAGGAGCCAUGGGGCUCCCGGGACAGAAAGGGCCUCCAGGACCAGGGUGCAAAGGACAGCCCGGGCUGGAUGGAAGGAGGGGUCCAGAGGGCAUCCCUGGAUCUCCAGGGCCACCAGGACGCAAAGGCGACAUUGGAGAAGCCGGCUACCCUGGAGCUCCAGGCCCUCCCGGUCCAACUGGUGAUCCUGGACCCAAAGGGUUUGGUCUGGGAUACCUUAGUGGCUUCCUCCUGGUUCUCCACAGUCAGACAGACCAAGAACCUGCUUGUCCCUUGGGAAUGCCACGGCUCUGGACUGGGUAUAGCCUGUUAUACCUGGAAGGGCAGGAGAAAGCACAUAACCAAGACCUUGGUCUGGCAGGGUCUUGCCUUCCCAUGUUCAGCACACUGCCCUUUGCCUACUGCAACAUCCACCAAGUGUGCCACUAUGCCCGGCGGAACGACAGGUCCUACUGGCUGGCCAGCGCUGCCCCCCUCCCCGUGAUGCCCUUCGCAGAGGAGGCCAUCCGCCCUUACAUCAGCCGCUGCGCUGUGUGCGAAGCCCCGGCGCAGGCGGUGGCAGUGCACAGCCAGGACCAGUCCAUCCCGCCGUGUCCGCGGGCCUGGCGGAGUCUCUGGAUUGGAUACUCUUUCCUGAUGCACACAGGAGCUGGAGACCAGGGCGGAGGGCAGGCUCUUGUGUCACCUGGCAGCUGCCUGGAGGACUUCAGAGCAGCCCCAUUCCUUGAAUGUCAAGGCCGACAAGGAACUUGCCACUUUUUUGCAAAUAAGUACAGCUUCUGGUUGACCACAGUAAAUCCAGACUUGCAGUUUUCCUCUGUCCCACCACCGGACACCUUGAAAGAUGGCCAGGCCCAGCGCCAGAAAAUCAGCAGGUGCCAGGUCUGCGUGAAGUCUAGUUAGAGAACACAAAACCCCCGUGUGUGCCAAGACAAACUCCCUAGGGAGGUAAAAGUUCCCAGGCUGUGCAGAGAUUUAGUGGUGCUCAGAUGAAACCUAAUGUCAGCUGCUCCUUGGCUCUGUGUGGUUGUUCCCAGAAUCCUCCAGGCACUCCCUGUGCUCGGUAUAGAUGAAGCGGCUGUUACAUAUGUAGAGGUGUGCAACCCGACCUGUCCACACGAAACCCACAUAGUCCCCUGUUCUUGACGAGGAUGGAAGAACAGCUUUAUUUGAAUAUAUGCUAAUUUUCCCGGAAGACCAGCAGUAGAUAUCCAGACCAGAUUAUAAAUUAUAUCACCAGAAACUUCACUUAUUGGUUAAUAGCAUCUUUAACAAUCAAAGUCAAUUAUUCUGCAAAUAAUGGGCUUCUGGAUAGAUUUUACAGGAAAAAAUAAAUAGGCCAGCAAUGAAACUAGAAAGUAGGGAUUUUCAACAUUUCAGAAUGAUUGCCUCUGCAAUCUAUUUCCCCCCAUGCACUUUAAAUAACUGUAAAUCUGUGACCCAAAGAGGUUUUUUUAAAGGACAAAACAAAACCAACCCCCUCUGUAUUGCCAGCACUAAGGGUUCAUUUCAAAGGAGACUGAACCAUUUCACCAGGAAGGCUCACAGAGCUGUGGCAUUAGCAUAAACACUUCCCAGAUGAAUAUAAAACAUUAUGUUCUCUUCUGCAUUUUUCAGAGAAUAGAAAUGCAUACUUUGGCAACCCUUUUGGAAACUAGCAAUUAUGGAAAAAUAUAUUCAAUAAGAGAUUAGGAGCCUAAAAGCUAUUAAUGAAUAUUAAGGUAGUGAUUCACAAAAAGUGACCCAGGUUGCAGUGAGCCUCCAAACAGAAUGCUUUCCCCAGUGGGGGUCCAUCAUUCUUAGGUGCUAAUGGGACAGAAGCCACAUGGGGCCUCCUCAGGUGAGCCAGCAGUUCAUGCUGAGCGCAGUGUCCCCUCCCAGGAGAGCCUCAGAGCUUCCUUGAUGCUCACAAUGGACACUUGUCUUCCACAUGCAUAAUGGCAGCUUACUGGGGAGGUGACAGGUCUAUCAUUAUGCACUCAGGAGGAAAUUAGGGACCGACUUAAUUAGACUUAGGUAGGCAGAUUCAUUUAAGACGGGGUCACCCCACCAGGAAGGCAAGGGACUGUCUUGAAGAGAAACACAGCUUCUGCGCACUUGGAAUUGUGUUUUCCUGUGGUCCUGUUUGUAUGGGAGCAUCCUUCUUGCCAGUUUUCAGAACUCUUACACUUUGUGUUUGUGUUAUAGGGACACGGCUGCUUGACAUCUAUCUGGUCCUAACAGCUCUUGUACAGGUUUAGAAGCCAUGUCAACUUGCAAUGAGUAAAUUUUCUCAGUACUAA